AUGAGGCUUUGCAUCGACUAUAGAGGGAUCAACAAUAUCACGAUCAAGGAUAAGUACCCACUUCCUAGAAUCGAUGAAUUGUUGGAUCAGUUGAGAGGAGCAAGUUGGUUCUCUAAGAUCGACUUGGCUUCAGGGUAUCAUCAGAUACCUAUUGAGAAUAGAGAUGUGAUGAAGACGGCGUUCAAUACUCGGUACGGACAGUACGAGUUUGUGGUAAUGCCGUUUGGGUUAACUAACGCACCGGCGGCGUUUAUGCGGUUGAUAAAUGAGGUGUUUCACGAUUACUUGGAUAGUUUCGUGAUCAUCUUCAUUGAUGAUAUUCUGAUCUACUCUCGGACUAAAGAGGAGCAUGAGGAGCACCUAAAGAAGGUCUUGGAGAGGUUGAGAGAUCAGAAGUUGUAUGCGAAGUUUAGUAAGUGCCGCUUUUGGAGACGAGAGAUAGGUUUCCUAGGGCACAGGGUCUCUGAACAAGGUGUAUCAGCAGAUCCGGAGAAGAUAGAGGUAAUCCGAGAUUGGCCUUGA